UUCACUGCACGCCUUAACCUUGUUUUCAUUGUCAUUUGCCCCACACCCCUUCCAGCUGGCAGGGUCUGUAUCAUAACCUUUGAGACUAUGUUGCAGGGAUUUGAUUGGUGGUGUCUGCCUCUGUGAUGAGAUUUUUCAGAAGGAAGGCAAGCUGUUACUGCUGGUUUCUGAUUGGCUGUCCUUCUGUGUCUCGCCCCUCCUUUUCUAAAGCAUACAUCACAUCAGCUUCUGUACUGAAACCUAAAACAGCUCAGUGUACAUCCAUUCAUGAAUCUGUGACGUCAGUAGCUUCUGUAUUCUCCUUUGCAGCGGGGUUGCAGGAUUGUGUGGGUGGAAUUUCCGUGCUGUAUUUUACACAGCAGGUAUGCGUGUAUAUGCUUUGCAACCCAUAUUGUAGCAAGAGAAGAUGGAGCAGGAUUGUAGAAAUGAUCAGUCAUGGUGUUGGGGACACUAUAUAUAUUGAGAGUAAGCAUUUGGUUUUCUUAAAGCAAUAUCUCUGCCUGCCUGCUCCAUGCACAUGCACACCCACAGUACAAUGAUCAGUUCUCAGGACCCUCUGAGCUGGUCUUCCUCUACAACCGUUAUCAGCAAGUCCCUCACUGAAGACAAGGAAUUCAGUGGGAAGCACGGAGAACAUGCAGCCACUAGUCUCCAUUCUUCACCUGAGAUCAUAGAGGAUGUACGAGACAAGGGCUUAAUUCAUAGCAAUGCAUCAGAGAGCAUGAAUAGUCCAGUUGCAACAACAGCAUUGACCAGUGUUAGUGAAGAUUCCAGGGACCAGUUUGAAAACAGUGUGCUGCAAUUAAAAGAACAAAAUGAAUUGGAAACAACUGUUAAUCAGGCCAACAAGGACAAUAUAGGUGGAGAGACCAACGCUGGAACAGAUGAUAUCAAGAUCCAGUUCAACAGAUCUGGCAGUGGCAAUGGUGGAUUUCUUGAAGGACUCUUUGGCUGUUUGAAGCCAGUAUGGAAUAUUAUAGGGAAAGCCUAUUCCACUGACUACAAGCUGCAGCAACAAGAUACAUGGGAAGUUCCUUUUGAGGAGAUUUCUGAACUGCAGUGGCUGGGCAGUGGAGCACAGGGAGCUGUUUUCUUAGGCAAAUUCCGAACAGAGGAGGUGGCCAUCAAGAAAGUGAGAGAACAAAGUGAAACGGAUAUUAAACAUCUAAGGAAGCUGAAGCAUCCUAACAUCAUUGCUUUCAAGGGUGUUUGCACUCAGGCACCAUGCUACUGUAUUAUAAUGGAGUACUGUGCACAGGGACAGCUGUAUGAAGUGUUGCGGGCAGGUAGGAAGGUCACACCUCGCCUACUUGUGGACUGGUCUACUGGGAUUGCUAGUGGAAUGAACUAUUUACAUCUUCAUAAAAUCAUCCACAGAGAUCUCAAGUCACCCAAUGUAUUAGUUACUCACAAUGAUGUUGUAAAAAUUUCCGAUUUUGGUACGUCUAAAGAACUCAGCGAUAAGAGUACAAAAAUGUCCUUUGCAGGAACUGUAGCCUGGAUGGCUCCAGAAGUUAUUCGCAAUGAGCCUGUCUCUGAAAAAGUGGAUAUAUGGUCAUUUGGAGUAGUUUUGUGGGAACUUCUCACUGGUGAAAUUCCUUAUAAGGAUGUAGACUCCUCAGCCAUUAUCUGGGGUGUAGGCAGUAAUAGCUUGCACCUUCCGGUGCCCUCCACUUGUCCUGAUGGAUUCAAGAUCCUUAUGAAACAGACAUGGCAGAGCAAACCACGGAAUAGACCCUCAUUCCGACAGACACUUAUGCAUCUUGACAUUGCAUCUGCUGAUGUGUUGGGUACGCCUCAAGAGACUUACUUCAAGUCUCAGGCUGAAUGGAGAGAAGAAGUAAAAAAACACUUUGAGAAGAUUAAAAGCGAAGGAACUUGUAUACACCGGUUAGAUGAAGAACUUAUCCGUCGUAGAAGAGAAGAACUCAGGCAUGCCUUGGACAUUCGUGAACAUUAUGAGAGAAAGCUGGAGAGAGCAAAUAAUCUGUAUAUGGAGCUCAGUGCCAUCAUGCUACAGUUGGAGGUUCGAGAAAAGGAGCUCAUUAAGCGGGAACAAGCAGUGGAAAAGAAAUACCCUGGGACUUACAAACGUCACCCAGUCCGGCCAAUAAUCCAUGCCAAUGCAGUGGAAAAAUUGAUGAAGAGAAGAGGCGUCUGUCACAAGCCUGGAGGCCAGGCUAAACGACCUGACUUGCUGAAAUCAGAUGGCAUAGCCAACACAGAAGUGGCUCCCGGUGGCUCUCCCCUCUCAGGGAGUCCCAAGAUGUCAGCACUUGGUAGCAGAGGACGUUACCGCAGCAAACCACGUCAUCGACGAGGAAACAGCAAAGGCAGCUACAAUGAUUUUACAGGAAUUUUGAAAAACCAGCCAGCACAGGAUGACUUAACCCAGCCAGGUCAUCAGCAUCAGCCCCAACCUCAUGGGCAUCAUCCUCGGUUGAACCUACAUGGGCAGGAUAUAGCCAACUGUGCAAACAACCUACGAUAUUUUGGCCCUGCGGCAGCCUUGCGUAGUCCUCUUAGUAAUCAUGCGCAACGGAAGAUGUCUGGCUCUAGUCCUGACCUUAUCUCUGCAGCUGUGGAAGCUGAUUCACGGAGGAAUCAGGAGGAAGAGGAGGAGGACGAGGAGGAGGAGCAUAGGGAGGGCAAGGCCAGUCAUUGGGAGUGUUGUAAAAAAGGUACAUACAGCCUCUGCCCAGAGUGCAGAAUGGGGACAAACAGUGGAAACCUAGAACAGUCACUUAAGCCAGGGUUGGAGCUGCCUGAAGCACCGUCGUAUGAUCCACUGUAUGCAAAUAUGCAGUUUCCUGGAAGAAGCGAGGAAGGUGAAUUUAGCAGCCACAGGUCAGUGUCCUCUCAUGGCUCCUCUCAUCAUGCGAGUACCCCAGGACUCCUGUGUAAAACACGACCCAUUCCAAAGAGUGGUGAUGACUCUUCAGAAGAAGAAGAAGGAGAAGUUGAUAGUGAAGUGGAAUUCCCACGGAGACAGAGGCCACAUCGCUGUAUCAGUAGCUGCCAAUCCUACUCAACCUUCAGCUCUGAGAAUCUCUCUGUGUCUGAUGGAGAAGAGGGCAAUACCAGUGACCAUUCCAACAGCCCAGAUGAGCAUGUCAAAAGGCGAGAAGAGCAGCUGGUUGACAAGAUGGAUGAUCUUUUGUCCCAGACCCCAGAAAUCCCCAUAGAGAUAUCUACACAAUCUGAUGGUCUUUCAGACAAGGAGAGCGCUGUACGCAGGGUUAAAACACAGAUGUCACUUGGCAAGUUGUGUUCAGAAGAGCAUGGCUAUGAGAAUCAUGGAGAACUUGGAGAAUCAGGUGGCGACUCUUCAGAUGGAGAAUGCUCUGAUGCAACUGUGAGGACCAAUAAGGCCUGCAGUUCUGCAACCUUGUAAUGAUGGCUCUCCUCCCUCCUUCAGUCUUUUGACCAACUAUCGUUUUCAUUCCCACAAGAACCCUUUCUUCAUUUCUUUUCUGAGAAGCUGGUUCUCCACCCCAUCACCCAAAUGAUCUGCAAUAACUUGAAUCUUUGGAGAAAUGUUCUGACAAAUCAGUUUCUCAAGUGAGCAUUUCAAUAAUGAAUGGCAGGGAUGUAUUUUAUUGAAUAAUUGAGCUGUUGUAUCAUAUUUUUGGCAUUUUAACACUUUUUACCUGAAGGGUGGUCUGUAUCCAUAAGCAAAAGAAGUGGCUGCAAAAUAUUUCUGAAGACAAGCUUGUGAAAGAGAAUCAAGAGACUAUUUUCUGAGUCUUAGACAGCAUGCAUAAACAGGCUAGGAUCUGAUGCUGACGCUGCAACCUGAGCAAGGCUAUCUGGCUCUGUAGAACUGGAAAUUAAAGAAGUGAACUGAGUGAUUGAGUCACAUCCAGUGAAGCCGUGGAUGAGUACAAGUAACUGUUGUCAGCGUAACCAGCAAAACAUUUUAAGAAGGAAGGUGUUCACAUUCCUGGAAGGGCGUGUCUGAGUCUCUGCUCCCUGGCAUGUGAGAGUAGGAGCCAGUUUUUUGUUUGUUUGUCUGUCUGUCUAUCUGUUUGGUACUUCAGUUGGCUGUGGCAUCCUGCAACUAUAUUCUUGCUUCAGCCUCUCUAGCACAUCACUAUGCCACUGUGAAAUCAAGAAAUACAGUAUGAAGCAGCUGGUGAUUAGAGAGAAAUGGAGAAGAUCUUUUGCUCACAGUGUUUCCUUUCUCUCAUACAUCCUGCUUUUUGUUUGCUUCCUUCAGUAAAAACAACAACAACAAAAACGAUCAAAUUAUUGUUGAAGAUCAAGAAUUCACCAAACAUGGAAAACAGAUUUGAGAUAUCCUGCAGACUACUGUGAAGGAGAAAACUGGAACUGUUCCUAUAACUGUCAUUGUGCUAGGAUGCAGGAGAGGCUUGCAUGUGCAUGAAGCUGGGGGAGUAGACUGGCCCAGAUCAUACUCAUGCCCUUCCUGCUAUUCUGGUAGGGAAUCACUGGGGAGCCUAUCAAGUUUGAUGCAAAGUACACUGUAACAUUUAACAUGCAGUGAUGUGUGGAUAAUGCUCUUCAUCAUUUAGGUCUGAAGGAGCCUAAGCCAUAUGUUCAUAGUGGUGGAUUUUGGACUGGAUAGGGCCCAGGAGUUUUGUCUUUCCUAAGGGCAAGAUAUUCCACCUUUCUUCUGCAAUACCUCAUUCUUCCUGAACAACUCACUGGGAUUUAUUAUUGUGGCUCCUGUAAUUGAAAUGUUCAGCAGGAGCGAACUACUAGAAGUUUUAAUUUGGUUUUUAUAACCAAAAUGUUAAUGAUGAUCGUUACUGUGCCCCUGUUUUGUGUCUAGUUAAUUGCAUUCAGGGAAGAAAGUCUCUUUGUGUGGAGUGUAAAAUUGUUUUGUAGAAAGAGUAAUAUAUGAGAUAGUGAGUAGCUGUUGCAUCCCUCUCCCUGUCCCGGAAUGAAGGGCAAGAUUGGGUUGGAUGCUGUGCUGCUGUUUGUUUACAUUUGAUUUCAAUUUUUUAAAAAUUAAUAGCCUAGUGGCAAAAUGAAGGGAAAUUCUUUACUAAUACAGAGAGCAGUAUUGUAUGCAUUAAAUUAUUCCAUAUUUUGAAAUUUUUGUAGCUGGACUACAUGGAUGAUAAGUUAUGUCAUUAUUUAUUGUAAUUUCUGUAGAUUAAAGACAGGGUUUAUUGUAGCACAA